GUAUAUUGAGAUGCCUUCUUUUCGAUUACAAUGGGAAGAAUUUGAUGGAAUUGCUAGACUAUGACGAUUGUUAGCGCUUGAAAACAGACACGAGUGCACCGCAGAUUUCACUGUCCCGUCCACUUCCCUCUCGAUUCCAUUCGUUACCUGGGUAUUCCCUCGCCAGACCACUACGUCACAUCGAAGAGCACCUUGCAGAUAGGCUGCAGGCGUUGGCACGGAACAGGUGAAGUUGCAACAAAUACCCUCGCCCUAGGUGCUGUUCACUGCCUUAAGUUUCUCUCUUCGAUACUCCCUCACUUUCUCACAACGACAACAGCAACAGCAACCACAGAAAUAUUACCCUACUUAGGUACGCGCACCUAGAUUAGUGAAGACUGGACUUCGCGUAGCGAUCAACAUGAACCCGAGCGACACAAUUAUCCAGCUAGUAGUCGCGCGAUGCGUUGGCGAUACCGAGCGUCUCAACGUUCACCGUGGUGUUCUUUACAAAAGCUCAAAAUUCUUCCAGAAUGCUAUGAAGCCAGAAUGGACCGACAUGCAAGCGGGACCGAAUGUCAUUGAUCUUUCAGUAGAUCCCGUGGACAUAGUCAGCGACUACAUCAAAUGGUUGUACUACGACACUAUACCAAACAAGCAGUACGAAGCAGUCGCAAAUACAUACGAAGAGAGGGAAAAGGUCUUUGUUGCGCUUGCAAAAUCAUACGUCUUUGGAGAAAAGAUUAUCGAUGUGAGGUAUAAGAACGCAGUGUUGCAGGCGAUCUUCACAGCGCAAAGGGCGCUUCAUUGGUACAUGGGACCGGAGAGCGUUAAGAUCGUUUAUGAAGGUACCCCUCCACAAUCUCCACUUCGACGCUUGAUCGCUGAGAACGUUACGUACAUGGCGUAUGAUGACUCAAAAGAAAGUGUUGGCUGGAUGCAAUUCUUCGACACAUGUCCUAGAGAAGCUUUGGUUGAUGCACUAAAGACCACGGUGAAGGUCCGCCCCGAAGAUCCUGAGUCCAGGCCUGACGUCGGAUCGUAUCUUGAGAAAGAAUAGAUUCAAGCUGUCUCCUCUAGAAAGUUGUCGAAAACUCCGGAGUGGCUCAAAUAGCGAAUUAAACAAGUCCCAAUCGGGG